AGGGGGUGUGUGAGUGUGUUUGUGUGUCAGACGGUAUUCCUGCUCGUCUCGCUCCACCAGUUAAGUUAAAUCAGAGGCAGUCACUGGCACACUGCAGUGGUGGUCUCUCCCCCCUUCUCUCUCUCUCUCGCUCUCUCCAUCGCGCUCUCUAUCUGACCAUCCUGCUCCGAAAAAGCAUCAGCAGCCUCUUAGCUCAGCGCCACAGGACUCGCUGAGGUCCUCGCCCCAAGGCCUGUAUCAGUCACCACAGAUGCACCCCGCUGACAGGGCCCUCUGUUUGAAAGAAAGUCCCAGGAUCUGGCACUAAAAAAAAGGCAAAAAAAAAAUAAUGCAGAAUAUAACAUCAGGAGCGACGGGCGGGAUAGAUUUGGACUGUGGCAUGUCUGGACGCUAUGAAUUCAUCUUCACCCUGAUACCCAUCGUCUACGGCUGCAACUUUGUCAUCGGCAUUGUCGGCAACAGCAUGGUGGUGGCUGUCAUUUACUGUUACAUGAAGCUCAAGACGGUGGCCAACAUUUUUGUCCUCAAUCUCGCCAUCUCUGACCUCACCUUCCUCAUCACUCUGCCCAUGUGGGCGACCUUCGCCGCCACAGGCUAUUACUGGCCCUUUGGAGGAUUCUUGUGCAAGGCCAGCGCGGGCCUGGUCAUCUUUAACCUCUACACCAGCAUCUUCUUCCUCACAGCGCUCAGCAUCGACCGAUACCUCGCCAUCGUGCACCCGGUGCAGUCACGCAGGUUCCGCACGGUGGUGUACGCGCGCAUCACCUGUGUCGUGAUCUGGCUUUUCGCCUUUGUCCUCAGCGUGCCCACAGCACUGACCAGAGACGUCCACAACAUCAACAAACCCAACACCACGGUGUGCGGCAUCCUGCACUCAAACAACAUCAACACCAAGAUGUUGAAGGAGCUCCUGGUGGCCAUCAGCCUCAUGAAGAGCUUGCUGGGCUUCCUCGUGCCCUUCAUCAUCAUCAUCACCUGCUACUGCCUCAUUGGCCGAGCCCUAGUGGGCGCGCGGCACAUCCAGAAAAGCACACGCUGCCGCGACGACGAGGUGCUGCGCAUGCUAGCAGCAGCUGUCCUGGCCUUCUUCCUGUGCUGGGUGCCCCACCAGGUGUUCCACUUCAUGGAGGUGCUCACCCAGAUGUGGACGGUGAGGAACUGUGCCAUCGAGGAGAUCAUCGACACCGCCAUGCCCUUCACCAUCUGCAUCGCCUACUUCAACAGUUGCGUUAACCCCAUCGUGUACGGCUUCGUGGGGCACAACUUUCGCAAGAACUUGCUGCGGCUGCUGCGCUGCUCACCAAGUGGCCACCCCGGGCCUCACCCGAGCAUCAGCUCCAAGAUGAGCGCCCUGUCCUUCCACGCCUCAGAGGCGCUGAGUCUUACAUCCAAAAAUAAGGCCUCCUCUGACAUUAAAUGACAAAGAGAAGACAAAGACAGUACAAGAUCCCCCUCUAUCUUUCCCUCUCUCUGUUCCUCUGCUUUGUGGUUGAAGAGUCCAGGGAUGGAGACAUUCCAUGCUUUUUUUUUUUCUUUUUUUUUAAUCCCCAACUGUAUUACCAAGCACUGAACUAUAGAGAAUGUCUGUAAAGUUGUGUCCAUGUCCAGUUGUGAGUCAAGUACCUUAUACACUCGAGAUGAAAUAAACAACAGGAAGGAAUCAUAGAAAUAAUGGAUUUCCCCAAUUAUUUAAAUCUAUAAAUACAAGAUAUACAUGCAUGUGCUGCAUGAUUAUACCUGAAGGAUAGUGCAGUGAUAUAUUGUGUAUUGAUUACCCAUCUUUUGUGCUUUGCAUGUCUUUUAAUAACUGAGCGAGUGGUCAGCAAGUCAAAAAACAACAACCUCAACAACGAAGCAUGUACUUGCCGCCACUUUAUAAAGGAACAAUUGGAAAUGUGUACCUAAAAAAAAAAACACGAUGUAAAUUUAUAUUCGUAUUUGACGAUGGAAAGUAGUGAGUUAUAUAUAUAUGACAUCGUACUGUCAAACGACCGUGUUCUGUGUGGGAAAGUGUAUAAUAAGUGUUCUACGUACAUAUCUAACUGACCGUGAUGCUGUUUUCAUGUCUCCGAGUAACACACUGUAUAAAUAAGGGUGGCACACAAACACGUCCUUGCUGGGUGAUCAUUGUCAAAUAUCUAUAUGGUGGCUGUGUUUGUGGUAUUUAAACAUGUUGAUAAUUUCUUUUUUUCUACAAUUUAAGUGUACAGUCUGUGAAUAUAUGAAAAACUAUGAAUAAAGCGUAAGGGAAAAUCUA